AUGGUCUGCUUCCAGAGCGUCGCUUCAAACGCAAACUUCGGCGUUCCAGCCUUAGAGACAGGCGGCAGUUGGAAGAAGUCUCCAGUCACGAUGACCUUCGAGAACGUCAGCCUGAGACAAGAGCAAGGACCGGUAAUUGCAUACCUGGAUACCACCAAAUGGCUCUGCGCGCUUCCGUAG